AUGGAUAAUAUAAAACAACGUAUUUUACCUAACGGUAAAGAAGGGCUGAAAAAUUUUGCAGGAAAAUCUCUUGGUCAGUUAUACAGAAUUCUAGAGAGAAAACCUAAAGCAAGUGAGAACAUUGAAUUGACUGAAGAUGGAAAACCUAUUGAAGUAUCUGAGAAGAAACCUCCACUGUGUGACUGCUCUUGUUUUGGGCUACCUAGAAGAUAUAUUAUCGCCAUCAUGAGUGGGCUAGGGUUCUGCAUCUCUUUUGGGAUUCGCUGUAAUCUGGGAGUGGCUAUUGUGGAUAUGGUUAAUAACAGUACCAUUCAUCAUGGAGGAAAAAUUAUGAAAGAGAAAGCUAAAUUUAACUGGGAUCCAGAGAUAGUGGGGAUGAUUCAUGGCUCAUUCUUUUGGGGAUACAUAGUGACUCAGAUCCCAGGAGGAUACAUAGCAUCUCGCCUGGCAGCUAACAGGGUGUUUGGUGCAGCCAUUGUUCUUACCUCUACCCUAAACAUGUUAAUACCUUCUGCCGCUAGAGUGCACUAUGGAUGUGUGAUUUUCGUCAGGAUUUUGCAAGGCCUUGUAGAGGGUGUCACGUAUCCUGCAUGUCAUGGGAUAUGGAGUAAAUGGGCACCACCCUUAGAACGUAGUCGAUUGGCAACUACUUCAUUUUGUGGAUCAUAUGCAGGAGCGGUUAUAGCCAUGCCUUUAGCGGGAAUUCUAGUACAAUACACGGGAUGGUCAUCUGUAUUUUAUGUGUACGGCUGUUUUGGUCUUGUCUGGUACAUGUUCUGGAUUCUUGUGUCAUAUGAAAGUCCAGCAACACAUCCAACAAUUACAGAUGAAGAACGUACGUACAUUGAAGAAAGCAUUGGCGAGAGCGCUAACCUUUUAGGUGCACUAGAAAAAUUCAAGACUCCUUGGAGAAAAUUCUUUACCUCUAUGCCUGUCUAUGCAAUUAUAGUUGCAAACUUUUGCAGAAGUUGGACAUUUUAUCUUCUUCUGAUCAGCCAACCAGCCUACUUUGAAGAAGUGUUUGGCUUAGAGAUUAGUAAGGUUGGAAUGUUGUCUGCUGUUCCACAUCUUGUCAUGACAAUUAUUGUGCCUAUUGGAGGACAAAUAGCUGACUUUCUAAGAAGCAGAAAUAUCCUUUCAACAACAACAGUGCGGAAGAUAAUGAACUGUGGAGGGUUCGGUAUGGAAGCAACUCUUCUUCUUGUUGUCGGAUAUUCACAUAGUAGAGGAGUGGCAAUAUCAUUUCUGGUGCUUGCUGUUGGCUUUAGUGGAUUUGCCAUUUCUGGCUUCAAUGUAAAUCAUCUGGAUAUUGCACCUCGUUAUGCCAGUAUUUUGAUGGGCAUUUCUAAUGGUGUUGGCACUCUGUCUGGAAUGGUUUGUCCUAUCAUUGUUGGAGCAAUGACUAAGCAUAAGUCACGGGAAGAAUGGCAAUAUGUGUUUCUGAUAGCAGCUCUGGUUCAUUAUGGUGGAGUUAUAUUCUAUGGUAUUUUUGCAUCUGGCGAGAAACAACCAUGGGCAGACCCUGAACAGACCAGUGAUGAGAAGUGUGGCUUUAUCAAUGAAGAUGAGCUUGCUGAAGAAACUGGGGACAUUAGUCAAAAUUACAUUAAUUACGGUGCAGCAAAAUCAUAUGGCGCCACAACGCAAGUUAAUAGCGGAUGGCCAAAUGGCUGGGAAAAGAGAGAGGAGUUGGUACAGGAGGAAGGACAAGAAUCGUAUCAUUAUAAGGAAGAAGGAAAUUAUUCCUAA